CGCAGGCUGCGCCAUCUACCCGCAUGUUAGCGACAUCCGGGACUCCUUGUUGAUCGCCAUUUUGCGAAAAAAAAAUGCGCUCUUAAAAAGAUUUGUUGCGUGGUCUUCAAUUUGUUGACUCUUCUACGCCACAUCACAUUGCAAACUUCCACUGCAGACUGUGGGCAGGACACCUCAAACAGUUCAUGGCCUCUUCAGAUGCUGAACUUUAGGCCCAGAUGACAAGGAAAGGGGAGGGCCAACCUAGCCUGAAGUCUCCAGAGAGGAGCGUCCUCCUUCCCUCAAAAUGAACCAAACUUACGUGCCGCAUAGUGCAAUGGAGAUUCAAGAUGUGCGCAGCCUUACGGAGAAUGGCAUCUUGGCAGAUGCCUCGGCGCUUCUCACAGAGGCAACGUCUGGGGAAGCUGCGGUGGCUGCCUUACCAGUGGUCAACUUGAGCAUUCCUUUUCUGAGCAGUACGCAAGGCAUCAUGAUUGGGACCACUCAGGAUGGAUCUGGAGCAUUUGUAGUGGAUGCUGCACACCUGUCCCUGCUUAGCUCCAGUGGUGUCUUUGCAGAUGGUGUCCUCCAACUCUCUGUCCAGGGCAAUGAUGACACCGAGCAAGUUGUGGUGCUCCAACCACAAGAUAUGGCCAGCCUGGAAAGUAGUGGUACAGCACCUCUGAUGGAGUUGAGCACAAAUGUGCCUGCAGGCAUGCCACUGAUCACACUGCCUGAUGCCGAUACUCCUAAAAAAUUGCCACUAGCGGUCCAUAAAGUUGAUGAGAUUGGGCCUCCUGUUGGCAAGGGCCCAUUCAAGUGCAGUGUGUGCAGCACGGAGUUUACCAAGUGGAGCCAGCUACAGCGGCAUGAGCGAGCACAUGCUGAAGACAAGCCUUUCAAGUGUUCACGGUGUGAAGCAUCCUUCAACCAAGAGUUGAACCUUCGGCUGCAUAUGGCCACACAUCCAGGUCCGGGACAGCCAUCUUGCCCAGAGUGUGGAAAAUCGUUUGCACGCCUGGCCAGCCUCAAAGCACACCUAAUGCUGCACCAGAAGGAGGAGAAUCUGAUAUGUGCUGAGUGUGGUGACGAGUUCAGUACACAGGCACGCCUUGACCGCCAUGCUCAGGAGCACAAGGAUGAGCUGUCCAAGGUUAAGUACUACUUCUGCCGCCAAUGUCCCCAGAGGUUCUGCAAGCAGCCCCUUCUUAAGGAGCACAUGAAAAUGCACUACAAAAUUAAGGCAUCCCUUUCCCAUCGCACCUACAAGAAAAAUAUUGAUCGGUCAUCAUUCUCUCAUAAAUGUACAACAUGCAAAAAGCAGUUUCAGAAGCCCAGUCAGCUGUUGAGGCACAUCAGGAUACACACAGGAGAGCGGCCCUUUGAGUGCAAAAUUUGCCACAAGACGUUCAAUCAGAAAGGUGCUCUACAAAUUCACUUGAGUAAACACAGUGGGUUAAGGCCCCAUCGCUGUGAAUUUUGCUCAGCUGCCUUCUCUCAAAGGGGCAACCUGCGUGCCCACAUACAGAGGGUUCACUCUGCACCACCCAGUGACCAAAACACACCCAUGUUCAGGUGUCAAGAGUGUGCAUGCACUUUUCGGCGACUGGGGAGCCUGAAUGCACACAUGAGCCGAGUGCAUUCUGGCCAGAUGAACCUGUCAACCAGCUUGUCAAAAAAGGAUGCAUUGGAGUCGCUAUCCAAGAGUCUGCACCAGCAGGCUUCAGUUGUUGUGGACCCUCGUCGUGAAGGCUUAAACGAAAAAGACCUGUUGAAUCGGAGCAAUGCGGACCUUUUACAACAGGUUCUUGUCAACAGUGGACUCACUCAUAGCCCUUCCACAAGCAAUGCUGAAGCAAAGAAAGUACCGUCACCUUUGCCACUACCACCACCGCCACCACCACCUCCACCCCCACCACCACCACUACAGGAAGAAGCAGUGCCACCUGGUGCAAAGGACAACUUAUUGCCGCCUUCCAAUCCAAUUGAGACGGCAGUGGAAAAGGUGGCUUCUACAACUGAGCGUGCAAUGGUGAUGUCUGUUGCUGACACCGCGACAGGCCAGAUCAAGAUGCACAUCUAUAGAAUGGUUGGAAAUGUGCGCUGGCACCAGUGCAUGUAUUGCACAAAGGAAUUCAAAAAACCAAGUGAUCUUGUGCGGCAUAUCCGGAUACACACACAAGAGAAACCCUACAAAUGCAGUAAUUGUUUUCGUGCCUUUGCUGUCAAGAGCACCCUGACGGCACACACUCGGGCCACCCACCUGGGUGUCAAGCAAUUUCAGUGCUCCACCUGUCAGCACCUGUUCUCUACACGAGGCUCCCUGAAAGUCCACAUGCGAAUUCACACAGGGGACAAACCAUAUACAUGUGGAAUUUGCAACAAGAGCUUCAGCUCAUCUGGGCGCUGCAAGAUGCAUGUGGCCUCUCACUGUCGAGAUGGCGAGAAUUCACGUUUUACCGCAAACCUUCAUGGUGGCACAGGGGUUCUUUCAGAGGAUCUCUCAUCAUUCAUUCCUAUUCAAGAGCCCAUCUUCAUCUCUGAAGCCACUGGUGAUGCAGCCGUUGACGACGUAGAUCUAAAGAGACCGCCAGUUAUUCAGGAGCGCCCCUACAAGUGCAGCAUUUGCCCAUUGGGGUUCAAGAAGUCCAGCCACCUAAAGCAGCACAUCCGCUCACACACAGGCGAAAAACCCUUCCAGUGCAAUGAAUGUCAACGGAACUUUGUAUCCAACGGUGUGCUCAAGGCUCAUGUAAAGACCCACUCCGGCAUCAGGGAGCACAAGUGUAAUAUUUGUGAGGCAACAUUUACUACUAAUGGCUCCUUGAAGCGGCACAUGUGCACCCACACAAGUGCCAGGCCAUUUAUGUGCCCAUACUGUCAAAAGACCUUCAAGACGUCAGUGAGCUGCAAGAAACAUAUGAAGAUUCACCGUGGAGAGCUGAUCCUGCAGAGGAGUAGUUCACAGACUCAAGGGGCACAAGUAGACAGCACAGCAGCUGCUGUCCUUUCUGACUCGCUUGUGGAAGCCUUGGUGCCUGUUAACCCCGACGAAGUUAUGGGCCAGAACCAUGGAAACCUGGAUGCAGCAGUCUCUGUCGGUGAUGAGCUGGUACAGGGCAGUGCCAUUGAACCAAGUGAUCCCGGCAGCUUUGUUGCACAAGAGGUUUUAGUGCAGGACAACUUGCAGCAGUUACAAGGGACCUUGUUUGGUGGCCAGAAUGACCAAGUGGACCUUGGACAGGCAACACAGGUGUUCUCACAAAAUGGCUUCUUUUCACAAACAUUACCACAGCUCACAUUGCAGGGUGAUGCCUUGGACGUGGGCACUCUAGCUAGCAGUUUUGUGACGUCAUCAUUGGGAACACCGACUGAACUUGCUUCAGGAACAACUGAAAAUGAUGAUCUGGUUGGUGAUCUCCCAGUAGCCCAUGAAGAUGCUAAUCCAACCUUGUCCCAAGAGUCGACAUUGCAGCAGGUAGCACAGGAUGCUCUGCGUGGCACAGAAGUGGAUGUAGGAGAUGAUGAAAAGCCUUUUGUGUGUACAGUAUGUGACAAGCGAUUCAAGCGGUCUACGUACCUCAAGUCUCAUAUGAGGUGCCACUUCGCACGCAUGGCUUCUCAGAAGAAUUAUGUCUGCCAGCAAUGUGGUGCGUGCUUCACAACAGCUUUUUCACUGAAGCGACAUGCUGUUAGUCACACGCACGAGUUGCAGUGUGACAGUUAUAUCUGUCCAGUUUGCUCCUUUGCUGUGCCAACUGUCGAUCAGCUUCGACGACAUGCUUGCAAGCAUCAUGCUGCUACUGAGAAAGAAAAGGCAGCUCAAAAGACAGCUGAAGAAUUACCAGCUAAUAAUACAGAACCAGCUGUGGCUGUUGAUGAAUCUCAAAGGGUGUCAAGACGUCUGGCUGAGAAAGUGAAUUCUUCUGGCACACAGCGCAAAUUUGUCAAAUUUACAGAGGAGCAGUCAAGAGAACUGGCCCAGAAGGAUCCAAAAGAAUCUACUUUAUCUGUUUCGGAAAGAGCCCUGAUUGCUACUGCUGCUGAGAAGGAUCGGGAGACACAAGAAUGGGAAAAGCCACCUGUUUCUGAGCACCCCAACCGAUGUGAAAUGUGUCCUAAAAGUUUUCGGAAGCCAAGUGACUUGGCUCGGCACAUACGCAUCCACACUGGUGAGCGGCCAUUCUCAUGUGAGAUAUGCCAGAAGUCCUUUACCGUCAAGUCAACUCUUGACACACACCGCCGCACCCAUCGAGGCGAACGCAACUAUCCUUGCCAUAUCUGCUCCUCCUUCUUCUCCACCAUGGGAAGCCUCAAAGUGCACAUGCGCCUUCAUACAGGGUCCCGUCCUUUCAAGUGCCCCCACUGUGAUCUUCGUUUUCGGACAUCUGGUCAUCGCAAAAGCCAUAUUCUGACACAUUUUAAGAGUGGAGGUGUACGGCGCCGAAGUCGCCUACUACCACGAGAGGAAAAGGCUCCACAGGUGGCCAUCCUAGAAGAGCCCACUGAUGCAGAGGGAAUCAUGGAGGAGAUCCAGCUGCAGCUAGCUCCAGGAAUCCAGAUUACAGGACUCAACCCUUCGACACAGACAGUGCAGAUAGAUGCUACCUUCCUGCAGCAUUUGCAACAACUGCAACAACAGGGCAACAUCAACAUCUCCAUCACGCCAUCAGGAGACUCCAGUGGUGUAGAUGUGGAGCAGCAACUAGAUGCUGCUUCAUUCCUUAUUCAGCAGGAUGGUUCUGGAGGUAGCUCAGUAGUACUUGACCAGUCACUACCUCUGGUUGCAUCAGAGGGCAAAAAUGGAGCAGUGACAUUUACAGUGAUGGAGGAUGACCCUACUGGCCCUAACCAAGAGCCUGCUUCACAGGUGGCCACUGCUGAGCUGGGUCUUGAUGAGUUGGCUGCUGCAGAAGGCAGUCUCAUGGAGAAUGCUGUUAUGGACACAGCUGACCUGGUGGCACCUGCAGUUAUUACAGAGGCUGCUGUGGAGAAAUACAAGAAAACGGUGGAUGAUGGAGAUGGAGCGCGAAUUCAUGUGUGUGAUCAGUGUGGAAAAUCCUACAAGAGGGCCAGCCAUCUCAAAGAGCAUCUUGAUUCACACAAAAGCAAGGAGGAUAAAGGGAAGAAAGCUCCACACCAGUGUCAAGAGUGCCCUAAAGCAUUUGCAAAGCCUAGUCAGCUAAAAAGACACGAACGAAUUCAUACAGGAGAGCGACCUUUCCAGUGCAACCUGUGUAACAAAUCAUUUACUCAGAACAAUGCCCUGCUCGUGCACCUCAUCAAGCACACUGGUGCAAAACCUUUCAAAUGUGAUGCAUGUGGGAGCCAAUUUACUCAGAAAUGCAACCUUAUGGUACAUAUCAAAAGGGUACACAAAGCGGAUGAAACCUCUUCCAAAGAGCCAGAAACUUGAUGUGUGCAUUGACAUUACGCAUGUCUCUUUGCAUGAAAGUGUUAACAUAGUGAAAGUAUUUAUUUGGAAUGUUAAAACUUGUGUGAUGUCCCUGCCAAUUCCUUCUUUAUGACUGUUGAAGUUUUGUUUUGUCAGAAUCGUGCAGUGCUUCAGAAGCCAGCAAUUGCUUCAGAAGCCACUGUUGUUUGUGGUUCCUUUUCUCUUGUGCUCCGCCUGUUGCACUGUUUUCUUUCCAGCAAUGUAAAAUUAUAGAAUUGCUUUUUGUAAUCAACAGCCUUAUGGCAUAGCCUUUUCACUGUGCACUAACUCUGCAGUGCCUAUCAGUGCCUAAUGUAUUGUUGUAAAUCCAGGAUUUUCCUCAGCCCCACAUUGCAGUAUUUUUUCUGCAUAUUUCGGCAUCUCCUCUUGCUUUCUUUACGUUCUCACCUUCUCUUUUUCACAAUGAGAAAUUUGAAGGGUGUCUAGUGACUUGGAAACUCUGAAAAAAAAAAAAAAAAGAUGGAAUGAUCAGGAAAUUAUUUAGUUUAAAGGACUGCUGGCAGUUAAAAUUUUCUUUUUGACUUUUAUGCUUUAAUGAGUAGGUCUGUUUGACAUACUGACGUAUAAGCUAGCAUUCAUCAAUCAUGAUCAAUUCUUCUGUCCCUCCAAAGUGUGUGCCUAAAAUCAUAAGAAACUGGCACCCCACUGUGACAGGUGCAAGUGUUCAGACAUAUGAGUGCAUUCAAACUACAAUGGCAUUGGGGAGUGUGCUUUUUGAAGUGGGGCUCCUGUGCGGGAAGCAAAGAAACAAUGUAGCUGCUGCGAUAGCAGCCAGGGGAUAGCACACAAGGCAUGUGGCGCCUUGAAAUUCUGCCCACCACAGGACACUUAGCAUAAAACACCUGCCUAAUCCCGCAAUUAGGCACCUGCUACACACCUGCCUAAUCGAGCUGCAUGCUCUGUUACUUGGGGGGGAAAGGCACCCAACAUCCGCCUGCCCAGCUCCUACUUAAAGGGGGCUGGGUGGGUGCGUUUGAAAGGGUGAUUUAUGAUGAUGGUUACACAGAUGCUUUCGACCAAUAUUAAUCAAUUUAUUCUCGCCCCAGUGAGUGUUCUAAUGACACAGUAACGACUGCAAAGAAGCACUUCAUUAGUUUGUCAAGUGAUGUACGCUGGGGCUGCAUGCACAAAUUUAAAGAGGUGGGUCAAGAUAUCCAGACAUCACCCACUGAAUCCGCACACAGGAAUUCAUUUCAUGUAGCACAAUCCAAAGACUGUCGCAUUUGAUGUAAUACAAUUACAGAAACAGAACACAAGUACUAUCUAUAUUCAGCACCUGGCUGACCAUGGCUGACUCAUGAUUAAAUAUUGUGCAGCGCUCGCGAGAAAGGCAAGGACAGAAGAAAUGAUGAGAACAGGGGCCCUUCUCGUCAUUUCUUCUGUCCUUGUCCUUCUCGCGAGCGCUGCACGAAAUUUCUUCAUGAACACCAACCAACUAGCUGUGCUAUGGCAUACACACACUCUAUUAAGGUGCAUGUUUUGGGUCCAUGUGAACAAGGUAUGCAUGAAAAGGCUGGUUGAAGGGUUUGUAUCGUUCAGUCCAUGGGGUAUAAUGGGAAAGAGAUGUAGGUAGUACACAUUUCGUCUAAAGCAUGUGCCCGAGGUAUAAAAUGAAGAGUGAGUGACGUACUUCAUUUGAAGUUGCCAUGAGUCUGUCACUUUUUUGAGUGGAUAUCAUUCUGAACUGCAAGACAAAGAGCAAAAAACUAUUCAGACUUUUCUUGGUGGUCGUGUAAGUUACAAAUGUUGCUUUUUUUUAUUGUCUGGUAGUUUUUGGAACCAAAAAUUUGUCUUUUCCUGAAGGCAUAUGGAAAACGGAUAUGAAAUGCGUCCGUAAAAGUUGGGGCCUCGCAGACUUGCAGUACAAAACAUGUGGCGGCAUCAUGGGCAUCAUUAUUUGAAGAAUCAUGCUUUCAUAACCAAGCACAUCUCUUUUUUUUUUUUUUUCAUUAUCUCCUUUGCCUCGCUUGUUCCUUUCAUGUCUGUGGGCUUGUGUUAUGAGCACGGCGUGACCAGAUACCUUCAGAGGUGAAGCAAAGACUGAUGUUGUAGGAUAAUGCACAUGUUAGGCAGGUCAUGCAGUGACUGAAAUAUCUAUUUGAAUUAGUGAUUGUUACAUUGGAAAAUUUUCACCAUAAUUUGGUACUAGCUUAUUCUUUCAAAUAACUGGCAUUUUUGUAUGCUAAAUGAAAUGUUGUAGUAAAUGCUUUUACUUAUUCAAUCCAUGUUUGAAGGUAAGUAUUCAUAUUUUAAAGAUGUGACAGUUACGCACCUGCACGUAAGCUGCAUAUGUACGUAUGUUGUCUACCACACAAGGCCCUUUUAAUUUAUUGCACGAUUAUACAUUUAUACUCAAUAAUUUUACAGUUAAAUAACUAUGCUAUGUACUGAAACCUGCUUUAGUAAUGUACUUGUUUAAGGUCUUUGAGAAGCGCAGGAACUGUGACCCUGUUCAAGAGAUGGGGUGUUGAUACCAAGAUGUUGACAGGUCGCUGGUAAAAUGUUGGUUGGGCCCCUUGACUGGCACUGUAGAGUCAAAGCUCAUGCAUGGUGAUCUUGAGAAGUACUAUAGUAUCAACUAUGAAAGGCAGCGCAUAAACAUGUGGUCCAUGUUCCGUGCAGCACUAAAGGAUGGUGCAUGUGCAACAACCACAUCUGCAUCUUGUUUGCUAUUGUGUUCGAUUUGGCUCGUAUGCAUUUACCGUGCAGUUUAAACUUUUCACAUCUGAAUGCGACAAAAGAUAGUAUGCCACCUCUAUUUUUUGUGCAGUGGUUGGUAGAAAGACGAAGUUGGAAUUAUUUGUGCAGCAUCACUUUGUGCAGUUGUGAGUGUGGACAAAAUGGGUUGUGACAUGUUCCUUCUGAUAGCAUACUGCACCCCACAUGAAGCCUCAGAGGUGCCAAGAGCUCAACAACAGGUGGCUUGUGGACCUUGCCAAGACAUUAGAAAUGCCUUCCAUAAACUCUAGAAUGUG